CCGGGCCUAGUGUGGCCCUCCCCUGAAUCCGCCGCUGGUGUUAACGUGUGUCCUUGGAAGAAGAUAGCUAGAUUCCUUCGUCCCACUCAAGUACCAAUGAGUAAUUAGCAUGGUCCAUGAAAUCGUAUCGUACCGGCGGAGGCGGUACAACCACAAAAUACCAGUAUCGGAGGCUAAACCGAUAUGCAGUAUUUAACGAUACUAAUGGUUGACUACGAUUAAAUCAUGGUUUUGUCAUAAAAUACCCUACCGCUGACUUUUCCGGUACGGUUUCAUGGACCAUGGUAAUUAGUCGGCCCAUCGCCGGUAGAGUACUUCUCGCCGUCUAAUUAAAUGGCGGUAGGGUUCCUUCAAUUAUGUAGUCGGCAAUAGUACUCAGUACAUUUUCUUCUCAUUAUUAGCUCUCCACGUGAAACGUUGCAAUAGGAAUCAUAGCUUACUUUUGUAGUUCCUCAUCUAUCAUUUUCUGGGAUCACCUGCAAAAGUUGUUAUAAUCGUGUUUAUUGAUGGUGGGUUAUCUUAGAAAGUUCCUUAACCAUCAUAAUGACAACAAAUUUGGCCAUUGAUAGUAAGCCAGGAGAACUACAUCGGUCGGUGCAGACAUCUUCAACUCACUCUUGCUCACCCCCAAGGUCCUUAUAGUGGUGUUUCUGGAUAUAGUGUCCUAGAAAUGGUGUCUUUGAUUUGAUAAAAGUUAUGAAGAUAAAUUAAGGAAGUGCAAUCGGAUUCGAUGUGAUUUAGCCUGUCCUCGAAAUGAUAUUCUUGAUUUGCUCUAUGGAACUUCAACAUAUAGAGUUUCCAAUCCAAUGUAGUGGUAAAAUAGAUUCUUUCAUCGAUACGUCAAUUGCAUACUAGUUAUUGUACGUGAGGAAGGGUGGGCAUGUGUACUUCACUUGACCUGACCUGUCCUAUUAUGAUUUGUUUCUUUUCUAAAUUAUAUCUAUUUUUAUUCAAAUUAUCUGUGAUUUUGCUUUGUUUACAUCAUAUUUUAGCUAUAAAGAAAGUUGUCAGAGGGUGAUAACCUCAGUUUAUUGAGUAAUCUGACUACAAUUAUCGUGUCAUAGUUGGCUUCUCGAUUUUUUUAAUAGAGAAAAUCAAUGUUUCAAAUGUUUUGCUUUCAAAGUACAUCCCCAUUUGGGUUUACUUGCCUCGAUCCAUAUCUCUAGACAAAAUAUUCGACCUGAACACGAUCUGCCAUGGGACGAGUAUAGGCAUUGAGAUACCUGCCCGAUUUACCUCAAUGCCAUUUCUAUAGGUCCUCGGAAUGAUUUUUACAUGAUUAUCACGCCGGUGGAAUGUCGAGCAGUUGAAUUUAUUUAAUGUUAAAUUAAUUUUCUAUAAAAAUGAAAUGACAUAAAUCAACAAUAUAAAUCGAUUUGAAAAUUGAUGAAGUCUCUCCACCGCGCUCUAUGAGUUUGAUUGGAUUAAAAAAGGGAAACGGCAUUGAACUGCGUGUUGUAGAGAAACCAUUUCCAUCGUCACCUCAUCUAAUCUAAUCUCUUGGAUCCCAUAAAUGGCAGCAGAUUUGGGCAUUAAAUUUUGCCACCAAACUUCCCUUCCCUUCCCUCUCUUUCCCUGCCUUCUUCACUUUCCUCUUGUCUCUCGCCUUCCACCAAGAUUUGCUCCAACAAUAAAAGCUCUGCACUCCCUUCAUCACCUCCCUCGCUCUCCCACCAACAUAUUUCUUCUCUUCUCCGAAUUCCCAAAACUCGAAACAUUCAGCCAUGGCUGCCACCGAACUCAAAUCCGCUGCCAUUCUUGAUCUACUCAAGGCCUUCCUCGAAACCGAAGAAGGCCUCCAGGUCAGGAAGAAGGUCAAUCUCGUCUAUCAGUUUAACAUCGCGCCUAAGAAAAUUGGGUACGAUGAGGUGAUUUUCACUAUUGAUCUCAAGACAGGCCAGGUCACUAAAGGUCCAUAUGAAGGAGGAAAGCCUGAUGCUGUCUUUUCACUCAAGGAUGAGGAUUUCAUGAAGCUUGCAACGGGGAAGAUGAAUCCUCAGAUUGCUUUCAUGAGGGGGGCACUGAAGAUUAAGGGCAGCCUGAGUGCAGCUCAGAAGUUCACCCCGGAUAUCUUCCCUAAGCCGUCGAAGCUUUAAGGACGGCGAUCGAGAAGCCUGCAGAGUUGGUUUGGUUGAAUUUGCCUGCUUGAACUAGUGUUGUUGGAAGAAUGAUUCAUGACUCCUUUUUUCUCGUGUAAUAGUUUGCAUUACAAGGCCACAAACGCCCCAGUCUCUUCCCCAUCGGACUCAUGUUUGAGUGCUCAUUUCAUCAUUUGCAUAGAUGGGGGAUAGAUAAUAGAUUGGUGUGUUUAAAUAGGUCGUCGAAUUUCAGAAUCAAAUCACGUUCACCUUUUCCCCUUUCCAGUUUCCCAAUCGUUAUUAUGGGUUGAGUGGUGGGGAAAAGGUGUUAUUAUGAAAGUCUUCACUGCUCAUUUGCUGUCAGGUUCAUAAGCCUGAGUUGUGAUAGAUGCCUUUCAUUUUCAUCUAUUAUUGUUGGACAGAUUUGGACCCAUAUAUGUCGUACUAGGUUUCUGGUUUGGUUGAACCCACAUUUAACUCAGCCAAGCACAACCGAUGAUAAGUAUUAAGUGGUCAACAAGCAGACUGCAUCAAUCCACGCUGCUGUUAUCUUUAUGACUGGUUUGCUGUUCAUUUACCUGCUGCCAUUAAGCAACAGAAGACAAACGAACUCGUAGAAGUUAGAACCCUAUUUUGUAUCUGGGUAGACCUGCCUCAUUGUUAAAUCCGAUUUGACUCUGCGUUCUCAAGUCUCAAUAGCCAUGUCCAUGUGCGUGACCAUCAUCUUUCUUUGGGGGAUGCUUUUGACGGUACAUGCUCUCAUUGUACUCUCGUGGUCCCUCAAAAGAAUGAGAUUUGAAAGUGCAAUUGAUUGCCCUUUCUUCUCUUUUUAUGAAAUGGUUAUACUGAAGAAUACAAGCCUAACCCCGCCGAGCAACUUGACCCAAUUUUAUGAAGAAGAGGAACAACAGUAUCUUAUCUGUAGGCUCGAGGUCUUCAAUUGCAGUAUUUUUACAAUUCCUUGUGGCUGGAUACAUGUAGUCUGGAAUGUCAUGGAUAAAAGACAGUUUAAUGC